UUUUGAAAGUGGAGUCGCCUGCUCCUGCUGCCGCCGCCGCCGUCGCUGUCGUAGCUGCCGCCGCUGCUGCAGGAGGAAGAGCGAGAACGGGGAAGCCCCUGAGUGAAACCCACCAUCCUGCUGGCUCGUCUGCCCGCCCCUCCUUCCUUCUCCCCCGACCCCCGCCCCCGGCCCCCACAGGUGCCAUCCGCCGCCAUCCGCCCUCUCUACCCCCCCAUCCCCAGGUGAGGGGGGUGAGUUCAGGAAGCGGAGACCCCGAGGCACCCGGCAGGGUCACCAUUUGCAGCGCAACAUGGCAGGAGCUGGAGGAGGGAAUGAUAUUCAGUGGUGUUUUUCUCAGGUGAAAGGAGCAGUAGAUGAUGAUGUAGCAGAAGCAGAUAUAAUUUCUACAGUAGAAUUUAAUCAUUCUGGAGAAUUACUAGCAACAGGAGAUAAAGGUGGUAGAGUUGUCAUCUUUCAACAGGAGCAGGAGAACAAAAUCCAGUCUCAUAGCAGAGGAGAAUAUAAUGUUUACAGCACCUUUCAGAGCCAUGAACCAGAGUUUGACUACUUGAAAAGUUUAGAAAUAGAAGAAAAGAUCAACAAAAUUAGGUGGUUACCCCAGAAAAAUGCUGCUCAGUUUUUGUUGUCUACCAAUGAUAAAACUAUAAAACUAUGGAAAAUCAGUGAAAGGGACAAAAGACCAGAAGGGUAUAACUUGAAAGAGGAAGAUGGAAGGUAUAGAGAUCCUACUACAGUCACUACACUACGAGUGCCAGUCUUUAGGCCCAUGGAUCUAAUGGUUGAGGCCAGUCCACGAAGAAUAUUUGCCAAUGCUCAUACAUAUCACAUCAACUCAAUUUCCAUUAAUAGUGAUUAUGAAACAUAUUUAUCUGCAGAUGAUUUGAGGAUUAAUCUUUGGCAUCUGGAAAUUACAGAUAGGAGUUUUAAUAUUGUGGAUAUCAAGCCUGCCAACAUGGAAGAGCUAACAGAGGUGAUUACAGCAGCAGAGUUCCAUCCAAAUAGCUGUAACACGUUUGUAUACAGCAGCAGUAAAGGCACUAUUCGGUUAUGUGACAUGAGGGCAUCUGCCCUCUGUGAUAGGCAUUCUAAACUGUUUGAAGAACCUGAAGAUCCCAGUAAUAGGUCUUUCUUUUCUGAAAUCAUCUCCUCUAUUUCUGAUGUAAAAUUCAGCCAUAGUGGUCGAUAUAUGAUGACUAGAGACUACUUGUCAGUCAAAAUUUGGGACUUAAAUAUGGAAAACAGGCCUGUGGAAACAUAUCAGGUGCAUGAAUACCUCAGAAGUAAACUUUGUUCUCUGUAUGAAAAUGACUGCAUAUUUGACAAAUUUGAAUGUUGUUGGAAUGGUUCUGAUAGUGUUGUCAUGACUGGAUCUUACAAUAAUUUCUUCAGAAUGUUUGACAGGAACACAAAGCGAGACAUAACCCUCGAAGCAUCACGAGAAAACAAUAAACCUCGCACGGUUCUGAAGCCACGCAAAGUCUGUGCAAGUGGCAAGAGAAAGAAGGAUGAAAUAAGUGUUGACAGUCUAGACUUCAACAAGAAAAUACUUCACACCGCCUGGCACCCCAAGGAAAAUAUCAUUGCUGUAGCGACUACAAACAAUCUGUAUAUAUUUCAAGACAAAGUGAAUUAGGGUUGGCAUUCCUAGCAGAAGAGCCCACUUCCUGCUUAGAUGAGAUAGUUGAAUCUAGCAUUUGUACCUAAAAAAGAGAGGUCCAUUGUGGCGCCCCCUUCCAGUGUUUGACAAUGUGCCAUUCGACAACACUUUUUUAUAGCUACAUGGAGAAAGCUCUGUGGGUUCAUCACUGUGGUGUUCUCCAUGUCUGCUAGCCAUUUAGGUAAGGAUAGGGCACUUUUAAUUUAAAUGACUUCUUGCACCAUCUUGCCUAAUGGACUAGAUUGGACUGUGUCAACAUUGAUUUACUCCACUUUUUAUGCCUUCCAUUGUGAUGACGUCAAACACAGUGAAAGCCUCAGUCAUGCUUAUGGGAUUUAAUUGUGUAUCCUCAUUACUGUAUCAUUUGUGGGGUACACCCCGCCACCCUUUUUUAAAUUAAAUACAGCUCAUUCUUACUGUGGCUUGUAGCAUUCCUCCUCUUCUGGCCUCCUGGACUCUUCCCUUCAUGUCUCUUACCCUUGCCCCUCCACCCAGUCUUGGUGGUGGUAUAUUAAAAAAAGAAAGAACGAAAGCACACAAAAUGAGUCAGUUUGGGGUCAGUGGUAAAGGGGGGUAUAUAUUGCGAACAAAUGUUUUAAUAACAGUUGGCUGUAAUCACUCCUUGCCGUGUCUGGCACUGAAAAUAAGGGAAAAAAAACUACUACUGAAUAAAAGUGACAAAGAAUGGUGAAUCUGGUUUUCUUUUUCUUUUUAAUCUACCUCUUUAAGCCAGUAUUUUGUGUCAUAACUUUUGGGCGAAAUGAAAUGAGUUUUCAUUGUUGUUUUGGUAUUUUUGUUAAUUAUUUUUUUAACAAGUGUUCUUUUACAAGGAGUCAGCGAGGUAUUGGUUCUGUAUGAACAUGUUUUGGAUAUAUAUUGGUAUUACUAAGGAUUUCACAGCCUAUAAAUGCUAUUAGAGAUUUUUUUUUUUUUACUGUGGUUUUAAGGGUAUUGGAUCUGUUGUAUCUACACUUAUCUGUUAAUGAAAUUGUAAAUAGGAACCAAAUUUGUAGCUUCAUUUUAAAAGACUUUUUACAUUACCUAAUUUCAUUUUUGCCUUACUAAAUACUAAGACGAAGACUUAACAAGUAAAAACCUUUUUUUGACAUUCAAUCAUAAAACAUAACACAAAACUAUCCUCAAGUGAUUAUAGUAGAUAAAAUUGACAUUGCACUAAAUAUUUUUUUUGUAUCUUACUGAUAUCAAAUCUGAAUGAAAUGUACUUUGUCACAGAUGUUUUUUUCUCUAUUUUUGGUUUUCCAAAGCUAUUAAUAUUAAAGACAAACUUUAAAGUUACAGUGUUCGAAAAGUGCUUAAUGGACUCCAACAGCUGCCUCAAAAGUUUAGUAAUCUGUAUAUGACUACAUUUCCCUAAGUGGUGAUACCUUAUCCAAAGAUGAAGAGUACCCCUAUUUUAUAUAGGUAGAAUGUACCUUUGUCAAUCUUGAAGAAGCUUUAAUGGAGAACAAAUGGACUUUAUUUUUAAAAGAUAAAUUGAGUAGGCAUUUAUAUUAUUAAAGAAUAGUAGUAUGCUUUGCUUGAGCAGUAAUAUAACCUUGAAUUUUAGAGGACUCAGUGCUUCUAUAUAUGUCCACUACCUAUUGUUCUAUUCUCAUCAAUGAAAAAUGAUUAAGCAAUUUGACCAUAACUCCCUCUACACUUAUAUAAAUAUUAUGUCUUGUAAGUUAACAUUUUUAGCACACAGGAGGAAUUUUAUGUAAUAAAAUUACUGUAUCUUUUGGACUUAACAAAUUUGAAUUUGUAUUUAAAUACAUUGAUUAUAUGUCUGAUCAUUCUUAAAAUAAUGGCACUUUUACUAAUUUAUUUGGGGAUCUUGGGUGCAUUCGUAAUUUGUGUUGCUGGUUUUUCACACUUGGAAGUGGGCUAUUCUCCUGCCACCAGUAUCAAACACUGUUACUCUGUCUCUGAGCACGCAAUUUUCCAGAUCUUUUUGGAAGAUUGUUUCCCUAAAGUUUGGGUGUAGAUCUUGAGAUAAAACGUCAAACAGCUCUUGGAAUUUUUUAAAUUUAGCAGUAGCUAUAAUGAUUCUCAUUCAUGACACUAAAGGUUAGUUUUUUUAUAUUUAAGGGAAACAUUGCUAAAAUUAAAAUGCCUCUAUAAAGGAAUGCUAUAUUAUAAAUUAUUGUAACAAUAUUCUUAACUAUCAAUUUUUAAUUUCUUCGGUGUAGCAAACUAUAAGCCCAGCCACUCAUGGUCAUGGUUAAUCUUUUUAUUAAUAAAAAUUAUAUACUUAGAAUAAACUUAGUCUUGUCAA